AUGCCGUGGCACCCAGUGUCGACUAAUCGCUAUGAGCGCGCAUUCGACUCCCUGAAGUUCGAUUGGGGCAUUGCAGAAGCUGGGGCCCCGUUGCAGAAGCAACUUUAUUUGGUCUCAUGUUCACUUAAACCCCAACAUCUAGCCCCUGUUAAGGAAGCGCGGCAGGCAUGGAAAGCCUUGCGACGGCAGUAUCCUCAGAUUGCGGCCGUAGCAGAUAAAUCCGGCACACGGCUAACCUACACCGUACCAUCGCCGGAAGAACUCGAAGCAUGGGUGCAUGACAUUUUUCUGGUAGUGGAGGAGAGUUCCGCUACACACCUGUACCAAACACUGCCACCAUCCUCACUGUUCUGUCUAUACAAGCCGCCUUUCUUCGCAUUCUGGCCGACGGCCCGGCCGAGUCGCAGUUGGAUGGCUCGGAAGCCGCCCAAUUUUGACCCAACUACGCGCGGGCACGUCAGCGGCAGGUACACGGGGUUCAAUGUCAUCGAUCAUCGCAAGUACCUGUCUACCCCGUAUAACGGGCCUGACGCAGCGGUCGCCGUCUACCACACAGGCAUCCCGUUCAGCGUGGAUCUGGCCGCCAACCAUGACUUUGCCUCUCUUGCAGCGGCGUUCGCCCGGGGAUACAAGCGGGAUCUGAGCCGCAAGGAAUCCAGGAACAUCUUUACCUUCCUGGCGGAGAGCAGCUCCACCCGACCCAUUAUAGGGUGCCGGCGCAUCCUUGAGCUGAGCUCGGUCGGAGUUGUCAACGAUUAUCUCCCGGCCGAGUACGAGGACAUCGCGAGGAAGCUUGAGGUUCAGGGCUGGUUGAUCGCGGUGGAAUGUAUCAAUCGCCUACUACUCACCAACGUGUGGACUUGGGAUGGCCAGAUGCAACUUGCGGUCAACUGGAACGAGUCAUUCUAUGAGGAGGAGUUUGUGACGAUAUUCUUGGACAGCUGGAUGCUGACUCUGACGCGGGAACUAGGGGUGAACUAG